UUGGUGCCGAUCGAGAUUUGAUAGAGAGAUCCCGGACUUCCAGUAUCGAACAUAUCGUCAAGACUCGGGCAGCUGAGCGGCUUCGAUCGAUCCAUAACGAGAGAAGAAAAGGAGAGAUGGGUUUGAUGGAUGUUAUUCUGCGGAAGAAUUAUGUUAUACCGUCGUUAGUUCUUGUGAUACUUGUUGUAUCUUCAACCGUGUCGUCAAGAGAGAAACUGAGCUCCAGAGAAUGUGAGGAUCUGGGGUUCACCGGUCUUGCUCUCUGCUCCGACUGCAACACUCUUUCCGAGUAUGUUAAGGACCAAGAAUUGGUAUCUGACUGUUUGAAGUGUUGCACGGAGGAUUCUGAUGAUUCCAUGAGCAAGGUUACUUACACCGGUGCGGUACUGGAGGUUUGCAUGAGGAAAUUGGUUUUUUAUCCUGAAAUUGUUGCUUUUAUUGAAGAGGAGAAGGAUAAGUUUCCCACCGUCAAAGUUCAGUAUCUUUUCAAUUCACCUCCAAAGUUGAUUAUGUUGGAUAAUGAUGGCCAACAUAAGGAAACUAUUAGAAUUGACAAUUGGAAACGCGAGCACAUACUGCAGUUCAUGCGGGAAAAGGUUAAACCUGCUUCAGCUAUCUAACGUGGUGGUUGAUUUGAUCUUCUGAGAUGCUGCAACCUUUUGUUUCUGAAGUAUAUCUCUGCUCGCGUUUCUUCUCCGAUAAAAAUGGGAAAAAGGUACUGGAAAAAACUCGAAACAGACAUAUUUCAGGACAAUGACAGAGUAUGCAGGGAUAAGCUCGUCUGGCAAUAUGUGGCACAGAAUAUUGUGUUGAGAAUCUUCAAACGCAACUCCAAGUGACUGAGUGCAUCCAUAUUGUAAUUUCCUUUCUGGUCGAAUUGUGGAUUUAUUGCUUUGUGUUACAUACUUACAUCUCUAGACUUUUACUGGAACCUUUAUUGCUGGAUGAGCUAAAAAUUCCGUCCGACUCCUAGAAUGAAAAUACAUUUCACCUAGUUAUUGCGGCA